CUAGAACCUAACGGUCACGGUCCGCGACUCGGAGACGCGCUUUGCGCGUAACACUUACGCGACUUUCACCGCGCGUUCACCAUGUCCGACGUUGGGAACUCGCAGGAGCCAAGAAGAUCACAGCGUGAAAAGAAACAGGCCACUCAUUUCGUCUCAGUCAAUAGUACAUUACUGAAGAGGAAGCGUUCCGACGCGACCACGGACGAGGAUGCGCAGAGCAACCUGUCUGAUCCAGACUCUGUCGAUGGCGGUGCUGAUGUAGAGGAAGACUUCCGCGCGCCCAAAGCGAAGGGUCCAGCGAAGGGGAAGGCUAAGACGAAUGGGCCACCGGCAGCCAGGAAGCCUCGUGCAAAGAAAGCUGCUACGACGAAGAGUACAACCAAGAGUACCGUAUCUAAGUCAAAGAAGCUUACUGCAAGGACUACGACGCGUAGAAGAAGGCCGAAUGGUGUUGACGCUGCCGAUUUCGACGCGGAACAGGUUGCGAGGGACACAAAGAUCUCAGGGGACAACCCUCUCUUCAAUGCCAUCAUGAAUCCUGCUGCGGCUCUACAAUCGACCGUGGAGGACUACCUGGAGUCAUUGUCGCGCACACUAGACCCCAGCCUUGCCGAGUUCAUCAAUUGCAUCUUACGCACUUGUGGUUGCAACGAUUCUGUGAACGCAGACGAAGUCGUCGACUAUGACGGGGUGGUUGAUGCGUUGGACAACUUCACGGAAGCGCUCAAAAACGAUGACUCUCCCAUAUAUCCUCUUACGUCAAAACUUCCCGUCUUCAAGCGAUUCCGGCAAUCUCUUUCCGAGUUCCUUGAGCGUCUCAUAGCCUCCUCCGCCGAGCUUGGCUCACUGUAUACCUCGGAUCUCAUGCCGACCCUGCAGACAUGGGUGGUGGCGAUGUCUUCAUCGCAACUCCGUAGCUUCCGGCACACUGCUACUGUCAUCGCUCUCGAGGUGGAAACUGCGCUUUGCGACGUGGCCGCGGCGGUAGAGAAAGAGGCAGAGAUAGUAAGCAGACAGAGAGAGGGAGAGCGCAAGCGCAAGGCAGCGGCCAACAGGGGCAAGGAAGGUACUGCUCGGGAGAAAGAACUAGAAGGCAAGGCGGCAGAAGUACGAGAACGACGUGCCAAACUCGCAGAGUUCCUGAAAGAGUUUGUUGACGGGGUUUUCGUACACCGCUAUCGCGAUCUUGACCCAAGCAUCCGCGCCGAAUGCGUUCGCGCAAUGGGCUUAUGGUUCGCGAAGUAUCCCGCACAUUUCCUGGAUGGGGCGUACCUGCGGUACGUCGGCUGGGUACUUUCAGACGCACAGACGCCUGUGCGACUCGAGGCCGUCCGCGCGCUUGCGCUGGCAUAUGAACAGACAGCUUAUAUCGGUGCCGCAGCCCUGCAGCACUUUACCGAACGCUUCAAGCCUCGGAUGGUGGAGAUGGCUGUUGGAGACACUGAGCUGUCUGUACGUGUCGCUGUCGUGCAGGUGCUGCAGGCUAUCGACAAGCAUGGAUUGCUGGAGGACGAGCAGCGUGAGAAGCUGUGCUUGCUCGUGUUCGACGAGGAAGCCCGUGUGCGCAAGGCUGUCAGUGGUUUCGUGCGUGGCGUAUGGGAAGAAAGCGUGGAAGAGAGGCUGGUCGGUAAGAGGCCGGGCGCACAGGACAAGCAGCGUGCGCAAAUCAAAGCGCUCGGUAUGUUGCUGGUGAAAUGGGGGCAUGCUCUGGAUAAAACAUCGGGAGAUGUUGACUCGGAUGAAGAGAACACGCUCGGCGAAGGUACUUCCAGCCAGGUCAAAACGAAGACUAUCGCUUCGCUCAUCGCCACAGGGCAGAAGGGUCGCAUCGCGCUUGCCGUUGAGGCUUUAUGGGACGAGAUUGAGCCUGUGAGAGAGUGGGAAAACUUGUUGGACAUACUCCUCCUUGACCACUCCGCUGUUGGUGAGGAGACUUCUUCUCAAGGACAAGAGUCGACUACAAAGGACACCGAGAUUGACGAAGCGUGGCGAUUGGAGGAGGUGGAAGAAGGGGUGCUCCUGGAGAUGCUCGUUGCAGUUCUCCAGAAGGCUAAAGCAGAGGCUGCUCACGCUAAGAAGGGGGAGGACGAGACCGUGUCGUCUGACAUCACCCGCGCUCUCAUCAAAGCCUUGCCUAAGCUUUUCGUCAAACAUCAGACAGACGAGAACAGGAUGGCUGAGGUGCUAAUUAUUCCACAAUUGAUGGAUCUCGACCUGUAUCUGGAGAUGAGGAUGAUGACGGCUUAUGCCAGUCUGUGGGAUGACAUCUCCAAGCAAUUCCUAUCGCAUUCCUCCCUGAUAGUGUUGACUAAUGCCGUCAGCACGAUCCGGCACCUGUUAGAUGCUACGAGCCUCUCCAACACUAAUAGCGCCAAGAUCCUAGAGCUCGAAGAUGAACUCUCUACGUCGUUGCGAGAUGGCAUCUCAGGCCGAGAGGAGAUUGAGAUUGCCUCUUUCUCAGAGGAUGAGGUGCUAGCACUCGCAGCCGUUUGUGCGCGCGUAGCGGCACUGAUUGGCAUACGAGACCUAACCGCGUGGAUAGAGGAGGACGAAGGCGGUAAGCAGAGUAGCGCAUGGGACAUCAUCAGUGCUCUUGCCGAACGUGGAAGGCUGGGGUACAGAGAAGAGGAGUCGAUGGUAGAUCGCGCGCUACAAAUAUUGACUCUCCAUAUCAUCUGGAAAGCACGGGCAUUGACUGCAACCGAGGGUGAGCUCACUGUCGACGAAGCACGCUUCAAGGAGCAUCUUAGGGAACAGCGAGAGUCCCUACUCGAGAAGCUGCUCGAGUUCGCCGUUGGCACGCAAUCGAACACUGCCGAGGGCGUUAGAAGAGCGGCUUUCCAAAACCUAAUGAACUUGCAUAUCCUCUUUUGUCCAGCUCAGUCAAUAGCUCCGGAUGGCAGUCGUUUGCCGACCGCAUCCUUGGCGCUGUCCCUAGAUGACGAAGUGCAGUAUCGCUGUGCUGGCUUCAUUCAGGCUGAGAUUGAACGCUAUGCUGAUGAGCUGGAGGAAGCGGGCCCUGCUCGUGAAGGCAGCAGCGACGAAGACGAAGAAAGCGAUAGCAGCCGGCUUGGCGAUGAAGCACAAGCCAAAGCUGGGAAGAAGGCAGUUGCCAAUGGGGACCAAUCCGCCAGACAGCGCUCGAUCGUCAAACGCAACCCCUUGCGUGCAGAAUUGGAGAAGGAAUAUGCAUUUAUGGAAGUCAUGGCUACGUUCUUACGUGCAAUCCGAGCCGGAGUUAUCCGUUUCCAACAUUCAGCGGUUCUCCUUGCGCAUUACGGCCGUCUUGGCCCGGCCUUCGAUCUUUGUUCCAAGGUGAUUGUCGAAAUCCUACGCGAAGAAGGUAUGUAUAAGGACAAUGGGCCAAUAGUUGUCGCCGUCAUCUGCCAAGCCCUCCGUGAUUCCUUCACACUGUCGCUUGAGGGCGUCAUGCAUUCUAUAGAGCAUUCCAUUGCUCUAGGGAAGGUUCUUGCGUCAUGUCUCAUCAUUCGUGGAGCCCAACUCGCGGUCGUGAAGAAGUUGGAAGGCCAAUAUGUGGUCGACAUUCAUACAACUAGUCUUACUUGGAUCUGCAAGCGAUUGGCCGCUUUCGAAAGUGCCAAGAACAAGAAGGCCCGCAACAAGAGCAUCUCGUUCUUCAAGGUUCUGCUGCCACUCCUCUCUACGGUAGACAAUAGGGAUGCACUGACGAUAAAAGCCCAUCUUGAUCAAGUAAUUGCGCAGUAUAAGCUCGAAAUUUCUCCCACUUCAAAGCCAUGGGAGCCGUAUCGCGCGUAUGAGAAGCGACUCUCUUCGGCUAUGUCCAAGGACAAGGCUACGCGAGCGAAGGCAGGCAGGGCCGCGAAGAAGGGAGCAAAAACCACCGAGAUGCUCACCACGGACGAUGAAGGACAUGAUGGCGAUCAGACUGGCGAGGAAGGCGCCAUCCAGCAACCGCCGCGUCCAAAGCCAAGACCAACACGUCGCAGUAGCAGAUUGGCGCAAUCUGGUACAGACGGUGAAGCGGAGACCACAGACGGAGAGGCCCCGCACACGCCGGUGCGGCCACAGGGUCUUAGCACGCCCAAGGCUCGACCGCGGCCACGCGCUGCGUAUGGGCGCAAGUCUUCGACAAGUUCGGCGAUGAGCUCGUUGACUACAUCUCCAGAACUCGUGCAGGUGGAACUGCCACCUGAGGAGCCGUCACUGUCGUUAGAAACCCCCAUUGCGUCUCGCAAGCGCACCCGAGCAGACGAUGAGGAGCAGGAAGUAGAUGCAAUGGUCGAAGGAACGCCGCAAGAUGAGGAAGGCAAUGCAGGGUCUUCGCCAAACGGCCAGCCGUCUGCAUCUCAAGCCACUCAGGCCACACAAGUUGAUGAGAUUCAAUUCCGGAGAAAACGAAUUCGCCACUGAGUAUCACGAGCGUAUAAAGCGUUUCGACGGACUUUAUUGCGCUUCAUAUGGUUGCUUGCUUUCUUGUUCUGCUGUAUCUUGUGCGAUGUAAUUUUUGAUGGGAAUCCUGUAUUUUACGAUCUGCUAUCAGCUACCUGUGGCCAU